AUGCCCAUCCACAUCAUAAUGCACUUACUUCUCUACGCCAUGCUGAGCAUCACAGCUCUCACAAGAGCAUACACCCCCAUAACCGACCCAACAAUCUACAUGAUCCGCCACGGAGAGAAACCCGGCAACGGCAUCAACGGCCUAAACUUCCAGGGUCUCCAACGCGCCCAGUGUCUGAGAUCCGUAUUCGGCAGGAACUCUGAGUACAACAUCGGGUACAUCAUGGCGAACAUGCCGGGAAUCAAUGGCAACAGAAAUCGUCCCCUCGAGACCGUUAAGCCUCUCGCCGCGGACCUCGGUUUGACCGUUGACACAUCCUGUGAUCGAAAUGACUACGACUGUGUCAAGAAAGCGGUUAAGGCGUACACGGGUCCGGGCAAUAUCCUCAUUUGCUGGGAACAUAUUGCAUUGACGCCUAUUCUGGAGACGCUUGGUGUGGAGCAUGCGCCGGAGUAUCCUCAUGGCAGGUUCGAUCUUAUCUGGACUGUUCCUCCGCCAUACUUGAGUGUCACCAAUGAGAGAAGUGAGAACUGUCCCGCACUGGAUCUUUGA